AUGGCCACAACGGUCUUGUUGCUGGCCAGUGGUUCACCGACCGGGACUCAGCAUUUCACUGGGGAGCUAUCGCCCAAAGAGUCAUUGGAGUCGAUCCAGGCAGGAGACUUAAGCGUCUUCGCUGUUGUCGCCAAAUUCAGCAAGAAGUAUGCGACGCUCAACAUUGAGGGUGGAACCACAAUUGAGUUCGCCCAGACAGGCGCUUACAACCACACCAGCAAAAUGAGGGUCGUCACCACCCCGAAACUUGAGAAGUUCGAGCCCAACAAUAACGGUGGCCUUUACGAGCGGUUCACCUUAACACGACUCGGUUCACCUGAUGGCCAAGGCCGUUUCGUGCAAGACACUUUGACGACUGUCCAACAGAUGCCUGCCACUGCCAAUCGUGGACCUUACGAAGGACUACCGCCCGCUCCACAACCCAGCCAUACUGACUACAACCAGCUUUCCAGCCCGAUCGUCGCUAUUGGGGCUCAAUACAAGCAUAGCUGUAACUGCUGGUCCAGAGUCUCGAAUCAGACAGUGGAUGCGGUCGAUCAAGAUGACAACGAGCAAGACGAGGAUGCGGAUGGUGGAGAUCAAGAUGACAUGGAUGCCGUUGACGAAGAGGAAGUACAGGAGGGAGAAGAAGAUGAAGCAGGAGAGGCCAACGACACCGGUGGUCACGAGCAGGCUGGCGAAGGUCAGCAAUUUUCGCACGAGGAUGAUUACAUGCAGAACAGUGCUGCCAAAGGCGAGAUCCAGGACGAUGAGCCCGGAGAUGCUCGACUUGAGGAGGCAGGGCAAGGACCAGCAAGAGGAGAUCAACGAUGGUGGAGGAAGUUCUCGGGCUGGAGGCAAAUCCGUUUUCGCGGACUGGGGACAGGGGUCCCGAUAGAUCAUUUGUACCGCAACUUUGCAUAG